ACACCUACAAACUUCUACUACUCCCAUUAUUUAUUCCAUUUGCCAUUAUUUACCUACAUACCUACAUAAUAAUCAAGACUUCAAUGUUCUUCUAGACUAACACCUUUGUUUCUGUUAAUCCUAUUAAUCCUGUUUAUUCCCAAACGGUCUACUACUCGGCCCCCUUUGACAUCAUAUCAGCAUUUAGCGCUUAAAUCCGACCGACCAGUAACAAGUCUACUACCUACCUAAGGUAGUAACAAGUAACAAGUGACAACCUGGAAGCAACAAGCAACAAGUGCAUGACGGACUAGAAAGGGGGGGGUCCAAACCAUCUUUACCAAGAAGUUUCCAAGACGAUCCCCAGGACGGUUCCAAGACGGUCCAACGCAGCUAACGUCACACCCGUCUUUGCCCCUUCUGAUUCCCUGAAUAAAUCGCUCCUUGUUUAUAUUUAUCCCGAGCGCCGCCCUCCACCAUGGUUCGCAUCAUACCUAGGGUACCUCAACGAUUAAAACCCUACAGUAGCAAUUCCACCCACAAUUCCAACGCCAACAGCCGGAGCACCAGCCCUAUGUCAUUGAAGCCUGAGACGAGCAACCCGGAGGGGCGAAAGGAGACCGGGUUGGUUUUGAAAAUUGUUGUAUUGAAGGCCAGAAAUCUAGCUGCGAAAGAUCGUGGAGGCACGUCUGAUCCUUACCUACAACUGACCUGCGGCGAAACCAAAUUCUUGACUCAUCAUGUCCCGAAGACACUGAAUCCGGAUUGGAAUGUUGUUUGCUCUGUACCCAUCACUGGUGUGGAUAACCUACUCCUCGAAUGCGUUUGUUGGGACAAGGAUCGCUUCGGCAAAGAUUACCUCGGCGAGUUCGAUCUGGCCCUUGAGGAGAUCUUCUCCAACCAAAAAACUGAGCAAAGUGCAACCUGGUAUCCACUAAAGAGCAAGAAACGAGGCAGAAAGUCGAACUUUGUGUCUGGCGAGGUUCAACUCCAAUGCACUUUGUUUGAUUCAACCAACAAAGAUGCGACAGACGCCCAGAUCCUAGAGAAGCUGCGCUCACUUGCCACUGCACUACCCGAAAAUGCAUCGCGGAAUCCCACGCCAACUGCCACUCCCAUGCUUGGCCCAACGUCAUCAAAAUCCAGUCCAAGCCCGUCUCCCCAGCUGAGCCGGAACACUACAGAUGGGUCCCAAGAUGAUGAGGACGAUGACGAAAUGCUUGACGACGAUGAGACUCCUGAAGAUGAAGAUCCGACCAAGCCCGAGGCUAUCGAAAAGCGGAAGAGGAGGCUCAGAGUCAAAGGCCUCAAGCGCAAGAAGAGACAAGAUCCAUACGAAUUUACUAAUGGUGGCAGUGACGUAGUCGGCCUAAUAUUCCUCGAAAUCUGCAACAUUACUGAUCUACCGCCUGAAUCCAAUUUCACGAAGACCAGUUUUGAUAUGGAUCCUUUCGUCGUAGCAUCACUGGGUAAAAAGACGUACCGCACAAGGGUUGUUCGCCAUAACCUGAACCCAGUGUUCAACGAGAAGAUGCUCUUCCACGUUCUAAGUCAUGAGCAAUCAUAUUCUUUUGCUUUCACUGUCAUCGACCGUGAUAAGUACUCUGGAAAUGAUUUCAUCGCCUCAACUUCCUUUCCUCUCCAGGAGCUUAUCGAGAAGAGUCCCAAGGCCAAUCCUGAGACGGGACUUUAUGAGUUGAAGGAGCCCGCUGAGUACGUGCCGAUACAGAAAUCACAGUCACGGCUAGCAAGAUUAGGAAUAUCAAGAACAUCUUCAACGCACAGCUUGAAAACGGGUCGGCCGCCAUUGUCCAAGAAUUCUAGCACGGGUUCAAACACGCCACAGGUCGUCGACGGACAGAGUGAUCCCAGCUCCAUUCCCACAUCUGCUCCUAACCCUACGCUACUACAAGCUGACCAAUUGCCAAACCUGAACAGCGCAAAUGGAAAUGGAAAUGGCACUGGCAACAGCAAUGGCGAGGGCAAUGAGUUCGAUGAUCCUGAUUUCAAUGUCUUUGCGAUUCCUCUAAAGAUGAAGAACUUGGAAAAGUGGGAGGCCAAGCAUAGUCCGAUGUUGACUAUUCGCGCCAAAUAUGUGCCAUAUCCUGCCCUGAGGCAACAAUUCUGGCGAGCCAUGUUGCGACAGUACGACACCGAUGAAAGCGGCGAGAUCAGUAAAGUCGAGCUCACUACUAUGCUCGACACCCUGGGCUCAACCCUUCGCGAGUCCACAAUCGACAGUUUCUUCCAAAGAUUCCCACAUAAGGCAACGAAUGGCGAACACGAACUCACAAUGGACGAAGCCGUGAUUUGUUUAGAAGACCAAUUAGAUGCCAAGAGUAGACUGGCGCCAGUGACCGACAAGCUGAAGAGCAUGCUCCCGGACACAGAUAAGGUAAAAAAUGCGCUAAAUCUUACAAGUCGAAGCAGUAGCGUCUACAGUAACGUCACGCCGACAGAAGAAGGGGCUUUCACUCUCAGCGCAGAGGACUCCAACAUACAGGGGGCGCAAUCAGGGACUUCGACUAUCGUUGUCCCUGAACUCAGCACGCCUGGAGAGGAAGGUGAAGCAUUAGACAAGGAUGACCUAAACAUCGAUCGAGGCGAAGAACACGUCGUCGAGAUCCGAGAGUGCCCAAUCUGCCAUCAGCCUCGGCUGAACAAGCGCAAAGACGCCGACAUUAUCACACAUAUUGCUACAUGUGCCAGCCAAGACUGGCGCCAGGUCAAUUCCCUCAUGAUGAGUGGAUUCGUGACAGCUAGUCAGGCUCAACGAAAAUGGUACUCCAAAGUCAUCACGAAGAUCUCAUACGGUGGCUACAAACUUGGUGCCAAUUCAGCCAACAUCCUGGUGCAGGAUCGACUUACUGGGCAAAUCAAUGAGGAGAAGAUGAGUGUCUACGUACGGCUAGGAAUUCGACUACUAUACAAGGGCUUGAAGUCGAAGGAUAUGGAGAACAAGAAAAUUCGCAAGCUUCUUAAGAGUCUAAGCAUCAAGCAGGGCAAGAAGUACGACGACCCCGCUUCAAAGUCUCAGAUCCUACCUUUUAUCGAAUUCCAUCAGUUAGACAUGUCCGAGGUUCUUCUGCCCGUUGAGGAAUUCAAAAACUUCAACGAGUUCUUUUACCGUGCGCUCAAGCCGGAUGCUCGGCCUUGUUCGGCACCCGACGACCCUCACUUCAUCGUAUCCCCUGCCGACUGCAGGUCUGUCGUGUUCAAUACUAUUGAUCUGGCAACCAAUGUUUGGGUCAAGGGGCGCGAAUUUUCGAUUGAGCGAUUACUUGGUGACGCAUAUCCGGAAGACGCUAAACGCUACGACAAUGGCGCGCUUGGAAUCUUUCGGUUGGCCCCCCAGGAUUACCAUCGAUUUCACAUUCCUGUGGACGGUAUUCUGCGCAAACCUAAACUCAUUGCUGGUGAGUACUAUACUGUCAACCCGAUGGCCAUCCGAUCGGCGCUAGAUGUGUAUGGCGAAAAUGUCCGUGUCAUUUGUCCUAUCGACACCGAACUUUUCGGUCGUGUUAUGGUGAUUUGCGUUGGUGCCAUGAUGGUCGGAAGCACGGUUAUCACACGAAACGAAGGUGACAAUGUCAAACGAGCGGAAGAGCUUGGAUAUUUCAAGUUUGGUGGCAGCACCAUCCUCACUUUAUUCGAACCUGGCAAGAUGGUAUACGACGCCGACCUCGUCGCCAACUCAACCAAUGCGGUGGAGACCCUGAUUCGAGCAGGCAUGUCCAUUGGACAUUCACCGCAAGUGCCACAAUUUGCACCGGACAUGCGCAAGGAUGAGAAGGACGUGACAGAUGCAGAGAAGGUGGAAGCACAUCGGCGCAUUCGCGGUGGCAUCGAAACACCGGACGAUGCACAAAUAUCCUAGGUCGAAAGAAGAACGUUUGAUAGACGAGACAGGAACAUAAUUGCAACCGCAUGGCGUUAAAAGAUUACGUACAGAACCUACCUAGGCACAAAAUGACGAUUUCUCUUUAGACUAAAAAGGGGGGGAUUCCCAAUAGGCGGACAACUAGAUGAGAUUAACACAGGGGUGUAGGAGACUGGUAAGAUGUACCAGUUGAAACAGGAGAAAUAGCAGUAUAUGAAGAGCUGCAGGUUGAUGAGCAGGCGGGAAAUGUGAUCGCUAGGGUUUCGUUUCGGAUAUGCGAACCGGCGUAGGCAGACCUUGGGAGCUUUGGUUCGCUCGGAUGAUUCCAUCUAUCUAUACCUACUUAAGUAGGUUAGGUUCUAACCUAGCUAGGUUAUAUCCAGGAAUUCGAUGGGCGGUGCCUUUUCCUCCUUUUUAUCCUUUUUACGAGUCUCGUUGGAGGGUCAACGGUAGCGGCAUACGAGGACGGCCCCUUACGUCACUGUCAAGUAUUCUCAGUAGACACGGUAUGGGACUUGUAGUGAGUGGUAGUGGUAGUGGUAGUAAUGUAGCCUGGAGGCUUGCCGCUUAGUACCAUAGGUAUGUAUCUAGUAUUCCUUCAAGGCUACUAGGUACUAGGUAUGUAGGUACUUGGUGUCGAUGGGGCGGUAUCGGGCUGGAUAAUAGGAUUUCUGCGAACUUGAGUACAUAGCACAUAGAUAAAAGUAUCAGAAAUCCAAUAUCACACCGACAGUUACAUAUG